CGCCCAGCCUGAUGUUUACCUUAUUCCUCAUAACAUUCCCAGAGCCAAGCACAGUGCCUGGCAUUUAUACAUUGAACGCAUGGAUACUUCUUUCUUCCAUUUUAAUAAUUACUUAUCUGGUGCCUAUUAUGUGCUUCACACUUUUCCAUGUAUACUUUAUAAGCAAGGUAGGGGAAGCCCCGUUUUCCAGUGGAAGAAACAAGCUCAGGAAUGGGAGGUGGCCACCCAGUCAGGAACUGCAGAGCCAGGACCCAACCCCUCUGUCCUCAGUGGGUGGCAUCCACUCCAUCUCCCCCUCCAGAGGGUUGGCCCCAACUGAGACUGCUGAGUAACUCCCCCAGCUUCCCAGGAGUGAGCCUGUGCCAAUCUCUGGGCAAUGUCCCCAACACCCCUACUUGUCUUCCCUAAUGGGAGUUCUGACCAGCCACCCAAAGCUGGGUGAAAGUCCCUGGGAAAGGAGGCUCUCUAGGCCGAAAACUCUUGCAGCUGCGCAUGUAAGAGCUGGCCGCAUCAGCGCCCUCCCGGGAGGAGAUCUGCUUCCCUGUCUCUCUCUGCUACCCCCUGCUGGGAAAAGCUGGGUGCAGGGAAGCAGGGACGCUUCCUCUUUGGGGGCAUCUGGCUCAGGCUGUAGGUCUCAAAUGGGACAUUUGAGGUUUCAGAUGAAUUCACAUCAAAGCCGGACCUUGGAGGGACCAGGAAGAGCAAGUCACCUAAAACGUUCCAGCAGUGGGACCUCGAAGAACGCUUUGUAAAGAGCUCCCUCUCUGCUCAGCGCUCCAAGGAAGCUGGUGAAAGGUCCUGGCUCAGGAUGAGGCUGAGAGGAGGAGAAGGUUCGGAGACCUGGCUCGCUUGUCCGUGCCUGUGCUGCCUCUGUCGUGCCCCCUCAGGCCAUCUCUUGGUUUCCCUUUCGUCGUUGAGAUGGCACACAGCAAAGGGAUCAGAAGGGUUUGAUCUGGGCUGUUGGCUCAGCUGUGCUGCCGUGGUCCAGAGCCCAGUCCAAUUUCAGCGAGGAGGCAAGUGUGAAAAAUGGAGCAUGAUGGAGACGUCACAAGACCUCCCAGCCCCUCAGCUGGAGCCGCAGCUCUCGAUCCUGCUGGAAUUGCCCGGGGGCAGUGAGGAUGCGUGCUUGUCCAGCUCACUGCUCUUGGAAAGGGCAUCAUCCCUCUGCAUGCUUGUGCUUGCGUGUGUGUGCGCGCGCAUGUGUGUGUGUUGCGUGUGUGUGUGUGCGCGUGUGCGCGCUUGCAAGCUCACACAAGGCUGGGCAGCCUGACUUCGGGGGCCCAAACUAGCCAGCUGCCCCUUCUAGGUCUGCUGGCCUAAUUCCCAGCUGCAGCUGCCAUUCUGGGCCCCCCUCCCUGAGGCAAUCUCCCUGCAGAUUUGGCAGCCGGAGAGGAGGGGCCGAGGGAAGGGAGAGAAGCAGAGAGAGAGAGAGAGAACGCCUCAGCGCUAAUCCGAUGGAGAUGAUCCGGCAGCCUUCUCCAGCUCUGCUGCCCUCUGCCCUCAGCUCUCCGGGCGAUUUCUCUGUGCCCUGCACUCUCUCUCCUUCUGCCCUCAUCUCCUUAAGAAAGUGCCUAGAAAGUUAAACCCACACACAAACACAUACACACACACAAUCCACUAAAAAAAUUCAGCGAGCAGGAGCAGGCAGGCGAGUGAGAGAGCGCGCACGCAAGAGAGUCUCGCAUCGGCCCUGGAGGAAGAGCCGCACAGGCAGAGGGAGGCCGGGUUGGCAGUGAUGGGGACUGAGGUCCCUUAGCAACCAAGGAGCCUCCUUCAUGGACCCCGGGAUCCCAAGAGGGGCUGCCUCGACUUAGGAUGGGCAACUGUGUCAAGUCUCCACUGAGAAAUCUCUCCAGGAAGAUGCGCCAGGAGGAGCAGACCAGCUACAUGGCGGUGCAGACGAGCGAGGAGGGGCUGGCGGCCGGCGCUGAGCUCCCCGGACCGCUCCUGAUGCUGGCUCAGAACUGCGCCGUCAUGCACAACUUGCUGGGCCCUGCCUGCAUUUUCCUGCGCAAGGGCUUCGCUGAGAACAGGCGGCCUGACAGAUCACUGCGACCAGAGGAGAUUGAAGAGCUCCGAGAGGCAUUCAGGGAAUUCGACAAGGACAAGGACGGCUACAUCAACUGCCGGGACCUGGGCAACUGCAUGCGCACGAUGGGCUACAUGCCCACCGAGAUGGAGCUCAUUGAACUCUCCCAGCAGAUCAACAUGAACCUGGGUGGCCAUGUGGAUUUUGAAGACUUUGUGGAGCUCAUGGGGCCUAAACUGCUGGCAGAGACAGCAGAUAUGAUCGGAGUAAAGGAACUGCGAGAUGCUUUCCGAGAGUUUGACACCAAUGGCGAUGGGGAGAUAAGCACCAGCGAGCUGCGAGAGGCCAUGAGGAAGCUCCUGGGUCACCAGGUGGGACACCGAGACAUAGAGGAAAUUAUCCGAGAUGUGGACCUCAAUGGGGAUGGGCGAGUGGACUUUGAAGAGUUUGUCCGGAUGAUGUCCCGCUGAGGCCUCGAGGGCCCCUCCAGGACUGCCAAGCUCCCACAGGCGGGGAGAAGAGGAGCCAGGGCUCGCCUCCCCCGCCGUGGCCGCCGCCGAGAGCCCAGGAUGCACUAGUGGAUGGGGCCUGCCUGCACCCCGGGGCGGUGCCCACCCCGGACCCCCACCCCUCCGCACUGUGAAAGACUAACUCCUGCAACUGGAAAGGGGGCGCCCGCCGACGAGGAGGCCGCAGUGCCAAGCCGGCAGAGGUCAUGCCAGGCGCCAAGUGCCAUGUGCCCAGCUGCUGCUGGCUGGGUGGGCCAGGGAGCCCGCCAGCAGACCCCACACAGCAUGUCUGCCCCAGGGCAAAGCCUCUUGCCGCCCUCCUUAGCUCUGUGCCCGUCCCAGCUCGCCUCAGCCCUGAUAUCUCAGAACCAAUAAAAAUAUUUCCAAGAG